AAUUAUAUUGGUUUGGCCUUAUAAAUGGUGAGAGUCAGAGCAGAGAAGCAGCCGCCUUCACUUCCACUACAGAAGAGCUCAGCAACUACCAACAAUUUCCUCAGACAUGAUGAAGCCCUUCUGUGCUUUUAUAAUCCCAUUCUCUCUUCUCCUCCUCCUGAGCUUCACUCACGCGAGGAAGGACCCUGCUGGGGACUACUGGAAGAAGAUAAUGAAGGACCAGCCCAUGCCCGAAGCAAUCAGAGACCUUAUUGUUCGACCCAGAAGCAAAGACAAUCACCAUUUCGUUAAGGAUUUUGACGUUAGACGGAGCGUCAUAAUUUACCCUGCUCGCGUGGAUCCGAAAGAUAACAUGUCCUCUGAUACAGAAGACCUUAAGUCAGGACAUAACGAUGCCUCGUCAACCCAGCAUGUAAAUCUCAAGGUUCCUGACCAAGAACAGAAGAAUCAUGAAAACGGUGCCUAGGAGUUGACGUGAAUCGGCUCAUAUUGAUAGAACUUAUAAGCAAUCAUGUUCAUCAUCUUGUCGAUCGGGAAUUUCCUUAUAAGUUUAGCGUCACUAAUUCAUUUGGAUCGUAGUCAAUUGGUCCGUGCAUCUUAGCUCUGGAAAAUCCAUAGAAGUUGCUCCCUUUUUCCCUUUUGUAAUACUGCUAUCGGAAGCGUCUUCUGUAGGAAUUGUCAUGCACAUCUUGUAGAAGAAUUUCUGUAUGGUUUCUGUCAUUUCGAUCUGGCACUCUAUAUAGUGUAUAUGUUAUACCAUUUCUGUUUAGUAUUCGAACCAUUUCAAUUGUAUUCGGUAAUCAGGUGAAGUAAUUAGCUA